AUGGAGCCUUUAAGGCUCUGCUCGCCCCCUUCAGCGCUGGGCAGUGCAAAGGCCUGGAUAGACGCCACACAUGCAUUCAAUGCCAAGGGCAUUGGAGCAAAACUUGGAGACGCAGGACUCCAAGUGUCUCUUCCCUCAGUCCCGGGUCUGAACUCGCGGGGGAAUCUCCCACUCUCUUCCCGACCAGGCGCCGGCCUCGUGGCCCCCACUCUGUCGACCUCCACCCGCUCCUCGCCCGCCCGCUCACGGUCCCCCGGGCCCGCCGCCUGCGGCCCGCCCUUCCUCCGCCGCCGGGUCACUCCGGGACAGGCGCCCUCCCCCCGCUCUCCCCGCGGCGGGAGCCCAAGGCUCCAGCGGCUGCGGCGGCGGAACCCCGUGCCAGUGCCGGGCUUUGAACUCCCGCGCGACACUGGAACCCACCCCCAACCCCCGUGUCCCGACUCCGGGCUCCCGGCGACCGGCGGCCGCGACCACGGUGGACCGAAGCUCGGCGAAGCCCCUGGCCGUGCCCCAGGUGACCGAGUAAAGGGCGCCCCGGAAUGGAAUUGCUGGAUCUUACGAAGGCAUUUGCUCAGCUUUGGUAGACAUGGCCAAGAGGUUUCCAAAGGGCUGCACCCGCUUACCACUUACCAACAAUAUCUUAGAAUCCAGUGGCUCCAAGACCAAGUAUUGAUUGAGGACCUACUGUGUAGCUGGGAAAGAGCAGGGCGCAGGACACACUGAGCCCCUACCCUCAGGAGUUCCAACAAGAGACAGACUAUACACACCUCAGCAAACACCCGGACAAACUACUGCCUAGUGGAGAUUCCACUCAUGGACCCAGAACAUUUUAUGCUGAAACUGCCUCAUACCUGUUCGCAAGUGAUUUGAGUCCAUCUCCUCCAAACAAACAUUAAAAUCAGCCAAGUUUCGGUGACAGUGGCUCUCAAACUCCAGUGUGCCCUAGAAUCAACUGGAUGGCUUAUUAACACAGAUUGCUGGGCCUCAUCCUCAGAGAUACUGAUUCUGUAAGCAGUUCUUCGGUGGGGUCUAAGCGUCUGCAUUUUUAACAGACUCUCAGGUGAUAUGACGCUCCUGGUCUGGGGACCACAUUUUGGGAACCAACAAUCUACAGAAUUACUUCCUAUAACUGGCAUGAUUAUUAAGUGAUGAUGAAUCUUUGAUUGCUGUUUCAGCUCUACAAGCGUCCAUGAAACCAGAUAACUAGACUUGACAAGAAAUAUAAAUGAAACAAGAGUAAGCAGACCAAUGGAGAACAUAAGGGACCAUUUGUUUGGAGUUUGGCUCUAGAGUCUCAGAGAGUGUUUUUUCUUACAUUUAUGUUCCAAAGGAAUGAAACGAUUCAAUCUUUGGCCUCCUGAGCUUUCAUAUAUUGGUAUAAGAGACUCAACUAUCUAUUCAAUUAUCAUUCACAUUUCAGAGAAAAUUGUAUUUAUUUUAUUGAAUGAUGACUUACCAAAAGGUUGCUACAAAUGAAUAGAAGGUGAAAUACAUAAUGCUGUAUAUUCUACUCAAAUAUAUUCAUUGUUCAAUUAAAUAUGGUUGCAAGCACAAUGUUAAGCCAACUGCCUUGUAUUCAUGUAUGUACACAUACCCUGUAAGUCUUGCUUUCUCAUUUGCUAUUGCCAAGGUGAUAACUCUUAAUGACAGAUGGGAAAAUGUUUUAAAUAGAAAGGAAUUUGGAGGAAACUAAAAUAAAUCUCACUUUACUUCAUUAUUCCACAUCUUCUUUCCCUGAACGGCAACAUAUUAGUGAGGACCCUCUUAACAAUACAUGAGUUUUGUUUGAUAGGCUGUCUGAUUUGCGCUUAUUUCCCAUAGGCAAUGAGUGUGUGUAGUCAAGUCUAGGUUAGGGUCAGACAGGUUUUUCAUUUAUCUUUUCUAAUGACCUGUAAAUGUUCCACUGACUUGGGCUUUUAUUUCGGAGGUAAACAUUUUGCUAACUAGUCACAGGUCAUGUAGGCACAUUAAAAACUCCCUGCUAAUUUAUCCUCAUUGUGUAGCUAACAUCCAGUAGGUAAACUAGGUCCAUUUUGCUCUCAUGAUUUUAUGAUGUUGGCAGUAGUAGUAAGUAUGCAUUACUUGGUCUCAUCCCUAACCUGAGAAAAUGAACCUUUUCACAGUCCUUUCAAUCUGAUCACACUAUUUUAAGUGCUGAUGUAUUCUGAAAAGAUGAAUUGUUUUAUGUUGCAAUGUUUCCACUGAGUAAUAGAGUAUCAUGUGGGUGAGGGAGGAAGAAGUGUAGAGUUACAAAUUUAAAUACACUGGCUCUGUAUUCAGAGACUUCCAUAUAAGGGAGCAAGGUGAUACUAUAAAAUAUUCAGAUGUAUUCUAGGGGUACUGUGCAUUUCCUAGAUUAUCAGUUUCCUUUGCUACAUUUCUGGGGACUAACUGCCAACAUAAGAAUUGUAGAUGAUUCAUAAUUAGUAAAUGCGCUUUGUUUUUCUUUGCAGCAAUAUUUGUAAAAAUAACCUUAUUUUUGGUACAUUUAUUUCUGUCUAUUGGGCAUUUUGCGACAAAUAUAUUACUUGAAAUGUCAUA